AUGGCAGUGCAGAUUUUAGAAAUCUUCAUAACCAGUUUCCUGUUUCUCACCGUUGUUUUCGCAAUUGGUUGCGUGCCCAUAUACUAUGUGAAGAAUAGGGAAUCUUCAGAGGAACAAUUAUACUUGGGCAUGGUAUCACUUUUUGGAAUUGGAAUGCUGCUUGGAACUGCAAUUAUGCUAGUAAUUCCAGAGGGAAUAGAUGCGUGUCUUGAGCACGAUGGAAAUGUGGGAAUCAACCUGUUGAUCGGGUUUUUGGUGGUAUAUUUCUUGGACCAAGUGGCGUCUGCGCUGGGAAACCCUACACAUCAGCGUUGGUCUUCAUUUUCGGAAGAUUCCAGGCUGGAAUCUACAGGUGUGAGAGAUUUGUUCAGUCCCCGGAAAGUCAUUUCACUGGUUUUGAAGAAUCAGGUAGUGUUUGCGCUCGUGGUCCACGGGUUUUCUGAUGGCUUGGCAAUGGGAGCCUCGACUAACAACGUUUCUGUGAAAGUGGCAACUUUGAUUGCCAUAGUAAUUCACAAAAUUCCUGCGGUGAUCUCGUUGAGCAGCUUAAUGGUCACGAAACAAAACCUGCCCACUUUAGAGGCGGUCUCGAAUUUGCUGGUCUUUUCUGCCUCCACACCAUUUGCAUAUUUCUUCGUUUCGCUCAUCAACAUGCGAAACUGGGGCCCAUUAGAAUGGAUUAGUGGCAAUAUUCUGCUAAUGAGUGGCGGCAGUUUGUUGUACGCGGCGGUGUCAGCUUUACUUGGUAAUCAUAAACACCACGCGAAUCAACCGCUUGAGGAUGCGGAGCUUGCACCUGGCUUUAAUGCAGGUUCCACAUCGUUUGAAAACUUUCCAAAAGACAUGACUCCCUUCGAGGUAAUCGAAAGUCCCAGAUCGAAACCAUCUGUGCCCUACGGCGAAACCAUUUACGUAUUAGGCGGAGUAGUGAUACCCGUGGUAGUCUCUUACUUGAUACGCGAGAAAAAGUAG